GCUUUAGCCUUUAGGCUUCAGUUAUAUAUAAAUCUUUUGAAGCGAACUUGUUCUUUCUCUCACUUUUUCUUAAUAUCUAUUUUUUAUAUAUAUUUGUUUGUCUUGGUUGGAUUUUGUUCUCGUGGGCUACUACUUGAGAGAACCUCGAGACUUGUCUUGUCUUUAUGCUUCAGAAGCAAAUCAAAGCAUCUCCAAGAUUUGUAAGCUCCAUCAAUGGCUGCCCUUCUUCUCCUUUUCCUUUUCCUAUUUGCAAGCUCUGCUCUCUCCCAAGAUUCUUUAAUCGGUGUUAACAUCGGAACAGAAGUCACAGACAUGCCAAGUCCAACACAAGUAGUAACACUCCUCAAAUCACAGAACAUCAACCACGUCCGUCUCUACGACGCAGACCGCUCAAUGCUCCUUGCCUUCGCCCACACAGGCAUCCAACUCAUCAUCUCGGUCCCUAACGACCAGCUCCUCGGCAUCAGCCAGUCAAACGCAACCGCAGCCAACUGGGUCACUAGAAACGUCGCCGCUUACUACCCCGCGACCAACAUCACAGCAAUAGCCGUCGGAUCAGAAGUCCUAACCUCCUUACCCAACGCAGCUCCCGUCCUCGUCUCCGCCCUCAAGUACAUCCAAGCCGCUCUCGUAACGGCCAAUCUCGACCGUCAGAUCAAAGUCUCAACUCCGCACGCUUCGACCAUUAUUCUUGAUUCUUUCCCUCCUUCUCAGGCCUUCUUCAACAAGACUUGGGAUCCGGUGAUCGUCCCUCUCCUCGAGUUCCUCCAGUCCACAGGGUCCCCACUGAUGCUUAACGUCUAUCCUUACUUCGACUACGUGCUGUCUAACGGCGUUAUACCGUUAGACUACGCGCUGUUCCAGCCUCUCCAAGCCAAUAAAGAAGCUGUAGACGCCAACACGUUACUACACUACACAAACGUGUUUGAUGCUAUUGUAGACGCGGCUUACUUCGCUAUGUCUUACCUCAACUUCACCAACAUCCCCAUAGUGGUUACUGAGUCUGGCUGGCCGUCGAAAGGAGACGGUCAGGAGCACGACGCGACGGUAGAGAAUGCGAACACUUACAAUAGCAACUUGAUCCAGCACGUGAUCAACAAGACCGGGACGCCGAAACACCCCGGGACCGCGGUAGCUACCUACAUCUACGAGCUUUACAACGAGGACACGAGGCCCGGACCAUUGUCUGAGAAGAACUGGGGGCUGUUUCACACGAACGGGACGCCGGUUUACACGCUGCGUUUGGCUGGUGCGGGGGCCAUUCUGGCGAAUGAUACUACGAACCAGACGUUUUGUGUAGCCAAGGAGAAGGUUGAUAAGAAGAUGCUUCAGGCGGCUCUGGACUGGGCUUGUGGGCCUGGGAAGGUUGAUUGUUCGGACUUGAUGCAGGGCGAGGCGUGUUAUGAGCCUGACGAUGUGGUUGCGCAUUCUAGUUACGCGUUUAAUGCUUAUUACCAGAAGAUGGGGAAGGCUUCGGGUAGUUGUGACUUUAAAGGAGUUGCUACGGUUACGACUACUGAUCCAAGUAGAGGAACGUGUGUGUUCCCUGGAAGUGCUAAAAGCAAUCGGACAGUUGGACACAACACAACUGCGUUGGCUCCUUCAGCGAACUCCACAACCUCUGGCUGCUUCCUACACCCUCAAGCUUCUUUUGUUAACUUAACAUUCCUCUCGCUUUUACUGCUUAUUGCCUUAGUAUUCUUGUAGAAAACUCGGAGAAGAAGAACAACUCCUCCUAGUUCUUGUUUGUUAAUUUUAACUUCUUUCUUGCAA